AGCGACUAACUACACUUCCCGUGAAACAAAACGCGGUAAAACGAUAUUCCGGUUUAGAGAGGACAGCAUGGCAUCCGAGAGCACUAUGGCUAACCUUAACGGACGCGAAACCGUCUCCGUGAACGGGGAGCCGGUCGUUAAGCGGCUGCGGGAGAGCAUCUCGUCGGACUGUCCCGUCCGUGUACCGAAGGAGCCACCGAACUUAGUGACCGUCGUGCUCGGAGCGCAGUGGGGCGACGAAGGCAAGGGGAAAGUUGUGGACUUGCUCGCUAUGGAUGCGGAUAUUGUAUGCAGGUGUCAGGGAGGCAACAAUGCAGGUCACACAGUGGUUGUGGACUCGGUGGAGUAUGACUUCCACCUGCUGCCCAGUGGAGUGCUCAACAAGAAGGCUGUCUCCUUUAUCGGCAACGGAGUGGUGAUACAUCUACCUGGUCUGUUUGAGGAGGCUGAGAAGAACCUGCAGAAAGGCAAAGGAUUACAAGGAUGGGAAGACAGACUGAAGAUUUCUGAUCGUGCCCACAUUGUGUUCAACUUCCAUCAAGCUGUUGAUGCCACCCAGGAGCAGCAGCGGCAGCAACAAGAAGGGAAAAAUUUGGGAACAACUAAAAAGGGUAUUGGUCCUGCCUACUCCUCCAAAGCUGCUCGGAAUGGUCUGCGAGUCUGUGACCUUGUCUCAGAUUUCAAGGUUUUUGAGGACAAGUUUCGUAUGUUGGCAGAUCAUUUCCUGGCAAUGUAUCCAAAACUUAAUGUGGACAUCGACGGUGAACUGGCACAGCUGAAGAUAUAUGCAGAGAGACUGCGUCCUCUGGUGACUGAUGGUGUGUACUUCAUGCACCAAGCUCUUAAUGGGCCCAGUAAGAAAAUCCUGGUGGAGGGAGCCAAUGCUGCUCUCCUGGAUAUUGACUUUGGGACGUAUCCUUUCGUGACCUCUUCUAACUGCACCGUGGGAGGCGUGUGCACCGGUCUCGGCGUACCUCCGUCAUAUGUCGGCCGAGUAUACGGUGUGGUCAAAGCUUACACCACCCGCGUGGGUGUCGGUGCUUUCCCAACAGAGCAGAACAAUGAAACUGGAGACAUGUUACAGUCCAGAGGGAGAGAGUUCGGUGUGACGACAGGCAGGAGGAGGCGGUGUGGUUGGCUGGACCUGAUUUUGGUCAGAUAUGCUCACAUGGUCAACGGUUUCUCUGCAAUUGCCCUGACAAAACUGGACAUUUUGGACACGUUGCCAGAGAUUAAAGUGGGCAUAGCCUACAAGGUUGAUGGAAAAACUCUGCCAAGUUUUCCUGCAAACAUGGACGUUUUGACACGGGUUUCUGUGGACUACGAGACGCUGCCAGGCUGGUGCUGCAGCACUGAGGCAGCUAGGAGCUUCGGGGAUCUACCACCACAGGCACAAAGUUACAUCCGUUUCAUUGAGAAGUUCCUUCAAGUGCCAGUGAAGUGGGUCGGGGUCGGCAAAUCCAGGGAGAGCAUGAUCAAACUGUACUGAUCUGUGUGCAGACCUGCAGUCCUCCUUGAAGAAGACUUAGAUGAUGAUGAGUUCAGGUUUCGAUAGGAUCACCAGACGUUUUAAAAUGCAGACUCUAUCCUAAAGGAAAUACUUCACCAGCAAGGUCAUGUGUGAAACUUUUGGUUGCUGCUUGUGCAUCACAUUUACAGAAAUCCUUCAUAGAUAUAAUUUAUGCAUUCCACACAAUGUUUACUCUAUUUAUUAGGGUGUUGAUUUUUAAAACCUGGUGCAAACAGAUCGAUCAUUCCUAAUUCUAUUCCACAGAAAAGCAUGCUUGGUCUACUUUUUUUGUUUAGCUUUUAUGGCUUAUUGACCUCUAUUAACAUCUGUUCACCAUGUAGUUAUUUUUUUACAAAUAUUUGAAGAGCCAUUGAUGAACAGAUGUAGAAGCUGUUGUGUCAAUGGGUGACACAAUAAAGUAAGAAUAUUGCCAGGCUUUGUAUGAGAUGGAAAAAUAAUUGAAAGCCAUCUUGCGAUUAGUGCCAUUGUGAAUUUUUCUAUUGAACAAUUUUAAAAAAUACUUGAAAAAUGUGAAAGCAUCUCAGUCGUUUAGUUUGUAAUAAUAUUUUCAUGAUGAUUGCGGGAAUACUUUUUAAAUCAUCCUCAAAACAUAUAUAUCAACACUAAGAAAUAUAAGUUGAAUUAAAUGUUUUCUCCAUGAUGUUCGAGGAAAGGUCACGUCCACACACACACACAUGCAGACAUUGGCUGGCAUUUGAAAAGUUUGUGUAAAUGUUAAGAUAGCACAGUUCCGGACUACAUCUCAAUAUGUUUCCUCCAACAUUUCAUUCAUUUUGUCAAUAAUGUACAAGACCCAGCUUGCAAUUAUCAAUAAAAGGAAACUG